CGCAGAGGAACGGGGUCGUCUUCACCGACGUUGGCGCGGAAGCUGUCCGCGCAAGAUGGCGCGUAAGCCCCCUUCGUCUCAAACGCAGCGUGUCGCGCUGGCGGCCCGAGUGGGCCACCGCGUAAGGUCGCGAUGUCAUCUCGCGCGAGACCCGCUUCUUCUUGUCGCCCAAAUCGUUGUCAGGAGCGGGCGGGCGGGGCCGAGGCACCUCCCGAGGAGGAGUCUGGGGGCGGCGCCGACUGCGGCGGCCCCGCCGCCGCCGGCGAGUGGCCGAGCCCGCUGCUCCGCCCGCUCGUGCGCGAGUGGCAGAGCGCGUGCCUGGGCCACGUGGUCGUGGAGGCGGUGCCCGACGAGGGCGGCGCUGGCGGGGUGGUCGUCCUGCGCGCCUCCUUCUGACCCGUGGACCCGAUGGGGCCGCUGGGCCAGCUGACCGUGGAGGGUGGCUUCGUGAGGCUGGAGAUCUGGAGGCCGCGCAGGCAGCGCGGGGUGCUGUGGCUGGACGUCCAAGAGAGCAAGGGACGGCGCGUGGCGUGGCUUGACGGCUCCGGCAGGUCGGCCGACUGCUGGGACGGCUGCCUGCUCGACACGGUCCGCAAGGCCGCGCGGUGGGUGGAGGAGACCCCCUGCCCGCACCGACUGACCACGUGGCUGGACGAGGGGCUGUCGCACCUCCGAGGAGACACGGAGGUAACCACGUCGCAGUUCACGGUCGGGCUCUGUAUCACCAGCAUGAACAGGCUCUGGCAGCUGCGACGGGCUCUGCCCCUGAACCUGUUGCAGUGCUGGCCCCACCGCCAGUGGGUCAGGAUCCACGUCGUGGAUUUCGGCAGCUCGGAUGGCACCAUGGACUUCCUGCUGAACCGGUGCAGAGUCGCCAUGGACUGCGACUUGCUGCGGGUGUACCGCGCCGACCUGGAAUUCUGGCACGCCUCGGUCGCCAAGAACACGGCGCACGCAGUGGCGGACGAGGACAUAUUAGUGAAUUGCGACGGGGACAACCUUCUGGGUCCCGGCUUCCCGCAGGACGUAGUGCUCAGGCUAACCACCGGGUCCACUGGCCUGCAGUACGAAGGCGGGCUGGGCACGUGCGGUCGCAUUGCGUGUUGGCGAUCGGAUUUCGAUAAAAUCCGCGGCUAUGACGAAGACUGCUACCCCAUGGGCGCGCAGGACAUAGACCUGAGGGAUCGCUUGGAGGCGCUUCCGAAUGCCAAUUUUCAGAGGGUUAAUAGCACCAAGUACUGCCAGGCGAUUCCGAACUCGCAGGAAGACAAGAUCGUGAACUGCGCGCCGCUCUAUGGGCAGGUACGGUGGGGCCGCAUGGACACAAUCAACCGUCGCAUGUUCAAGUGGCGGUUGCAGGGUGGCCAGGUGGUGCGCAAUCUGCACAAGGAUCAGAUCGGCGUGCCGGCCAUCAGGAUGUCCCCGCUGGGCCCGCAGGCAGUUCGCCGAGGAUUGCCAGGAUGCAGCGCGUCCGCCGUGGACUGAGGCUUGGCCCGCUUUCGACAGAGACCCGACGUGCGCUCAGACAUCCGGCGCACGCCUCUGGCCCGUCGGGCCGGCGAAUUUGGCGUUCCUCACGGCAGCAGCCUGACAGUAGAGGAUGGAGGAUUUUAGAUGUGUCCGCCCUCCCCCGGAGGCGCAGGAGUGCCGCGAGCGCGCAGAGGCUUCGACCCUCCAUCCUCGAUCCUCGAAUUCGAGGCACUCGGGCGACGGCGCCGACGACGACCGCGCACCUCCCGAGACCUCCGUCGGGAGGGCGAGGCAUGGAGGGCUUCGCUGGAGCACCGCGGUGGAGGCGGGGCGCCUGCGACGACUGCAAAGAUAAUCGC